GUGGGGAGCUCUGACUGUCAUCUUGUAACACCCACCCGCUCACCCACCCAACCGACGGCACCACCAUCACCCGAAAAUUAUCCUCCACACACACAGAGAACAUUGUGUUGAGGAGGCUCCGGUCAGUGCGUGUCAGAGAGAGAGAGAGAGGGAGAGAGAGAGAGAGAGAGAGAGAGAUCCUCCUUGGCACACGCCGCCACUGUGGCAGUGAGAUUUUGACUGACUGGCUGACUGACUGACGGGGGAUCCUCGUGGAAACACGGUGAAGGGACGACACUCUCCUGAUUUAUUUCCCCUAAAAAAAAACUAAAAAAAAAAAAAAAACCUGCCUGUCAUCGAUGAAACGACCGAUGGUUCUUUAGCCGCGCCGCCUGUUUCACCACCUCAACCUCGGGAUUUUUGCUUUUAUUUCUCCACUCCUUGAUUGGCUGAACCGGGGCUGAUCCCAGCCAACCUGGGCCGGGCCGUGGGGCUGUUCAGCGAGCCUUAUAGCUGAAGUUGGCACCCGAGAUGAGCGCCUUGAGACCCGGGAGUCGGGCUCUCUCUUCGCCCUGGAGGGGGUCUGGGUCCUGGUACUUGUGGUGGUGGUGGGUUUUGGCUGUCGGGGUGGCAGUGGGCUCGGGGGAUCUGUGGAUGUCCGCGGAGGCAUGCCCUUCGUCUUGCUCCUGCAGCAGCACCAGGAUCUCUUGCGUGGACACGGAGGAAGGCAUCAAUACGUUCCCCGUCCUGCAGAGCGUGGCGGAGAUGGAGAACAUCACCGACAUUUACAUUGCAAACCAGAGCAGCUUCUCCUCCAUCAACGACAAAGACCUACAAGAGUACAAGAAUCUCAGGAACCUAACGGUGACCAACAGCAGACUAACAUACGUCUCAAAGCUGGUCUUUCAGAACAACAUCAAGUUACAGUACCUGAAUCUGAAAGAUAACAACCUGUCGUCGCUGUCCUGGAGGAUAUUCAAACACCUCAACAUCUCUUAUUUGAUCCUGUCAGGGAAUCCUUUGCGCUGCUCCUGUGAGAACAUGUGGAUCAAGCUGUGGUUAGGAGAGGAAGCAGACAAUCAGGACCUGCGCUGCAUUGAGGAUGGAGGAAGGCGCAAGCGGCUAUCCAACCUGACGCUACCUAACUGUGAGGUUCCCAAGGCAACGCUGAGCCCAUCCGAAGUGGGGGUAAUGGAAGGGGAUAACGUACAGCUGACCUGUACGACCUCCGGCGUGCCCUCACCUCAGCUGUUCUGGAACAUGGCACUCUACACCAACUAUGAGAUCGUGACGUCAGGACAGAUUUCGGUGCUGCGUCUCUCCAACCUGUCGUACAUGGACCACAACAGCAAAAUCACCUGCACGGCCGAGAACAUCGUCGGAGAGAACGAGUCCUCUCUGCUACUCAACAUAAGCUUUCCUCCUAAAAUCACAAAGCUGAGUGACGCAAUCCCGGACCAUCACUGGUGCAUCCCCUUCAGCGUGGCAGGAAACCCAGAGCCGAGCUUAAGGUGGUACCUGGAGGGUAGGCCGGUGACAGAAGGGCUCUUCAUCACUACCAUGAUCCAUGACGUCACAGACAGAGAGUACCACGGCUGCCUUCAGCUGGACAGCCCCACACACCUCAACAAUGGCCGCUACACGCUGGUGGCUAAUAACACAUACGGGAUAGACCGAAAGGAUGUGGAGGCUCACUUCAUGCAAAAGCCCUGGGAAGGACCUGACAAGGAACCUUACUAUUAUGUUGCUGAGGAUCUAACCACAGAGGGCCCCCCUCUGGAUCCACCUGAGGACCGAGUCGCUGUGUACGUGGUGGUCGGCAUCGCCGCUGUGGCCUUCACUGGUUUCCUUCUAAUGUUGGUCAUCCUCAAGUUUGGAGGAAACUCCAAGUUUGGCAUCAAAGGACCUUCUUCUGUGAUCAGCAACGACGACGACUCUGCCUCUCCCCUUCACCACGUCUCCAACGGCAGCAACACCCCUUCGUCCUCAGAGAUGGGCCCCGACGCGGUGAUCAUUGGCAUGACCAAGAUCCCGGUGAUAGAAAACCCCCAGUACUUCAGGAGCACCAACAGCCUGCUCAAGACUGACACAUUCGUCCAGCACAUUAAGAGACACAACAUCGUCCUGAAGAGAGAGCUGGGAGAGGGCGCAUUUGGAAAAGUCUUCCUGGCCGAGUGUUACAACCUCUCACCGGACCAAGAGAAGAUACUGGUUGCAGUCAAGACGCUUAAAGAGGCCAGUGAAAACGCCAGGAAGGACUUCCACCGUGAGGCUGAGCUGCUGACCAACCUUCAGCAUGAGCACAUUGUCACCUUCUACGGCGUCUGCGUGGAGAGCGACCCUCUCAUCAUGGUGUUUGAGUACAUGAAGCACGGAGACCUCAACAAGUUCCUCAGGGCUCAUGGUCCGGAUGCAGUUCUGAUGGCAGAGGGCCAGACCACUAGGCCUGUGGAGCUGACACAGUCUCAAAUGCUGCACAUCGCCCAACAGAUCGCAUCUGGCAUGGUCUACUUGGCAUCACAGCACUUUGUGCACCGUGACCUGGCCACCAGGAACUGCCUGGUGGGCGAGAACCUGCUGGUAAAGAUUGGAGACUUCGGCAUGUCCAGAGACGUUUACAGCACUGACUACUACAGGGUAGGUGUCGGAGGUCACACCAUGCUGCCCAUCCGCUGGAUGCCACCUGAAAGCAUUAUGUACAGGAAGUUCACGACAGAAAGCGAUGUUUGGAGUCUAGGAGUUGUUCUUUGGGAGAUCUUCACCUAUGGAAAACAGCCUUGGUAUCAGCUCUCCAAUAAUGAGGUGAUAGAGUGCAUAACCCAGGGCAGGGUGCUGCAGCGCCCUCGGACCUGUCCUAAAGAAGUGUACGACCUGAUGCUGGGAUGCUGGCAGAGAGAGCCGCACAUGAGACUCAACAUCAAGGAAAUCCACUGUCUGCUCCUCAAUCUGGCCAAGGCCUCGCCUGUAUACCUGGAUAUACUGGGCUGAACACACGAAGAGAGUUUUGAAUGUGUGUAUGUGCGUGUGUGUGUGUGUUUAAGUGGAGAUGGUUACUGUAUCUAAGUAUGUAUGUGCAUUUAAGGUUGCAUGCAUAUGUGUGUGAGCUAGGGGGACAUUGUGACACCUCCAAAACGAAGUGUGCAAUGCUCGUGCAAGUGUGCGCGUGCAAGGAUGUACAGGAUGUGAAGCUAUUAUUAAACUCUUAAAGGCAAUCAUAAAAAAAAAUCUUCAACUCAUCCCCCAUCGCAUCUUCCCUCCCUGCCAAUUUCCUCUCCUUCGUGCAUUUCGACUCCUUCCCUCCUUCCUUCCCGAAGAGACAUUUACUGACAGUAAUUUAACUUUGGAGGAGAAAAAAAAAAAAGUGUCUCACUUCUUUUGAAAUGCUUUAAACUGACUGGGGCUAAAUUGAUGAGACCCGAUUAAGAGGACUUUGAAUUGAGUGACUCACCCAUUGCUGCCUGUGGGACAGCAGUACUCUUUUGAAACAUCCAGAAAUUUCGCGGAGGAGCAGCACGUGGAGGAUUUCCGGAAACUUCGAUCCUUUGCGCGUGCAUGCGAGACUGGCGAGACAUUUCAGAGGAAAUGGCUCCGUGUGAUGUUGAGCCAUAAAGACACUGUGCGCUCCCCUCUCACUCUGUCUGUUUAUCUGUCCGUCUGUCUCUCUGUCUGUCUCUCAGACCUAUACAUGAGUAUCAAAGUCAGCAUUCAUCCAACAAGAGUACAGGAGGAGGGGGGGCCUCGCAUACAGUACAUUGAGUGUAACAGCAUAAUGACCAAAAAAAAAGAGGAAGGAAAAGUAAACACAAUCUGCUUUCCUGCCUGUCAGACGAAAUUAGUAGGUGCGAUGAAAAGAUAAUAUCUGGUUGGCCCAUUUACGGAUCCAGAAAAAAACAAAAAACAAUCAGUGACAAUAGUGCCAACUGAGGCUUAACUGCUGUGGUGACAGAAUAAUUGAGGAAGAAGGCUGCGAUAUUCUACUGUAAUGUAUUUGUGAAUGCUGAAUUCUAGGGGGGGGGGCUGCUUAGAUUUAUCUGGCACUGAUCUACAACAUCUGCUCACUCAAUGGGUUAAUUUUCUGGACAUGUGCACUCAUGUCUGCGCUCCGCUUUUUACCACUGUUUUCUGUUACUUUGCUCAGGCCUGGUCGUCUGGUUGUUCCAGUGCACGGGGUAACGCGAUCACUGCCCACCACCCCGCCCCGUAAAGUGACAGAUGUUUCACUUGUGAUGUCAAGCGUGCGUGUCGGAGGUCAAUUGAUUAAUUUGUCCGCAGCUGUGCAACAAUCGCAAGACCGCGGUGUCGGGGAGGAGCGGCGGGGUGGGGCGUAAAGGUUGCUAAGGGAGGCUGCGUCUUGAGUGGUCAGAUCACGGUCAGAUGUGUGGGUGGCGGCGCUGUGGAAGGUGUGGUUCAUUUGGUCAACCCAUAUUAAAUCAUCAAGGCUCUCAGCACUCAGACAUCCUUGAAAACCACAUCUGCGCUAGAAGGAUGCACAUGAGAACACACACACACACACACUGUAUACCUUAUCCCGUCAGCCGUCCAUUUACACACACACACAGACUGAAAAGACACUCAAAACGGACCGAGAAGGAAAUUGAAUUGUGCAUGUUUUAUUAUUUGAGCGGUGCAGUGCUUUAGCCAGGCCCCGUCCUCUGUAAUGGUGUAAUGUAUAUUUCAUUACAGCCUAAUGGGCUCCAUUAGCACAGUCUCCUCACAGACAUUCAAGACUUAUUGUUUUAUGGCUGAGAAGGAACGAUGGAGGGAUGGAAAGGAGAGGAGAGGUGAAGGAGAAGAAAGCAGAAAGAGGGGCCUGGAAUGGCGAGGGCUAAGAGGAGAGGUAGUGAUGCAUUCUGGGAACAAAUGGAGAGGAAGGAAGAGCUCGGAACGGGGGGCAAUGGGCUAGAAAGGAGAAGACAGUGGGAAUGUAAAGGUACGAAUGGGUCAUUGGUGGAAAAAUGAGGGUGAAAGAGAAGAUUGUGGAGCGAAAAGGUGGGAGGAAAGAGAGGUGUGAACGUCCUCGGGGAGAAAGUGAGAGCGGACAUCCAUCUUUACCGCGGCCUGCAGAUGUUCUCGCAAGCCACAACUCCAACUUCACGCCGCCAUCACAUUCCUACAGCUGCCCUCAACCGCACACACACACACACGAAUAUACGCACACAUACAUUUUACUGGCAGUCCACCAACAACUUACACUGAAGCUAAACUCAAUAAUGCACCACACAUCCCCAUUAUUGAGAACCACUUCACUCACUUACAGUACAGCUCACAUGUCUGAACGCUUACGGACACACUGUAUAUACAGCUCACGUGCAUGCAAGGAGACGCAUCUAAUGUUUGUUUUUUUUGCAUUUUACCGGGGGCAUAUUUUACUCUUUACACAGAUAUUAAAAAGUCGCCAUAACUGCGGUUUCACCAACAGUCAUUUUAAUUAGGUGUGACGCAUCAGUCGGGAAAUAUGAGUCUUAAUUGUUUAUUAACAGCAGCACUUGAUGGUAUUGGUGUUUGUGAAUUUUGAAGAAAAAAAAAAUGUCAGUUUUAUUGAUUUAUAGUAUUAUUAUUUAUAAAAAUAUGAAGCAUUUUGUACAUUUCUUUCUAUAUCUGAAGUUGCCUUUUUUGCAACAACAAGCGGACUGUACCUGGUUUGGUUGAUUAUGUUUUAGCAAAUGUGUAAGAUAACCUUGAGUGUAUAUGUGUUUUUAUGUCGGGCUCCCUCUUAACAAGCCACCGAGCCUGUCCUCGUGCACAGCGUGCUCUACAACAGGGAUGGGUGCUUCGUCGGUCUGCCACGUUCGUGCAUUCACUUUGGCACACCGCAAAAAAUUAUUGUCACCCGUCGGAGCAUAAAUGUGAGGGUUAACGGGUGCAGGAUAACAAGGUCCUCUCAAUCCAUCCCUGCUGUAUGGUCAAGUAGAUUUUGCACUGAGUGAGCACGCACUCAACACGAUUCAAAAAAGAAAAAGAAAAAACAAAAAAACUUGCCACACAAUAACUCUGUGUGAUAACAGGGGGCAGUGUGUUUGUGGACCUGUGUGUGAGCUGGAAAAAACUGUGAGAAACAGUGCAUACGAACGCCUCCGAUGUCAAAAGGAGUAGCGUGCGUCGAAGCAACAUCUCAGCUGGCUGCACUGACUGUGUACGUACCUGCUGUGUUAACAAUAUUUUUUUUUAUAUAUAAUGAACUUUGUCGAGUUGGACAGUGGUGAUGUGAUGAUAGUCGUAGAAAGAGGCAGUGAGAGGGAUGUUUGUUAGGAGGAAGACUGGUCAGUCCAGGUCGACUGUCCUCACACCGAUGCCCUCAGAUCAAAGAUAUUGGUCGAACUAAGGAAGGACAACUGCUGUGUGACAUGAGCGGACACCUCGGACAAGGAGGGACUGACAAUCACAGACUUCUCUCUUUCUCUCUCUUAUUCAAGUGACCUACUGUAAAAUAGACUACUCAACCAACUCUCCUCUUCUAUGCUGCCUAUACUGUAUGUGAUAGUCUUUGACUUUGGUCUUUAGAAGUGCUACUUUUUCCUUUUUCUUUUUUUUUUGUAAAAUGAAAUAACAGCGAGAGGAAUGAACAAAAAAUACAUGUACAAAUGUGAAUAAGCUGCUGAAAGAAAUAAGCAUCGCUAAACAGCUGUGUCCGGGACUGUGUCAGUAUCUAGAUUGUACUAUUUUUUUUUUCCUCUUUUGUCUCAGAAGUGGAAGGCGGAGAAACGGGAAGCUGCGCGGGACUCACAAAUGCACAAGAUGACAUACAGCAACCGCCGGGAUGCAGAGCGAGGUUUGCUCGGUCUCCCGGGGGUGUGUUUGUGUGCGCGAGUGUGUGUGUGUGUGUGUGUGUGUGUGUGUGUGUGCGGAGAAGGCUGAUUGAUGUCGGAGUGAGUCAGGAGGGAUCCGUAGGCCGGGUUCAGACUCUAGCCAAAUCCUAGUUCAAAUGCAAUGAGAUUCAACACAGGAAUCAAACAAUUGAUUUGUUGUCGCCGUUCACCAAUUCAUGAUAAAUGACUUUUACCCAGACGCGUAGUACUGUGGUUGGUAUUAUGGCAGCUAAGAUUUAUGGAAUCAAUCCACUGCUUUGUUUUUGACUCUAAAAUCAGCCUUCUUCUCUACACAACUUACUAAAUCCUGGGUGUUUCAGAGGAAUAUCAGCAAUAUUAACAGAUAUUUUCCUUUGCCUGUCGCCUCGCUUUAAUAUAGUUUGUGCUGAGUUUGAGCUGAAGCAUGAGACUCAGUGGUCGGAGGUGUAUUUCCCAUACAGUAGAUACACAUCGCAACUUUGAGUGUGUUAUGAUCCAUAUCACAUUUAAUCCCCACUCUCUCCCGCAACCCGGCUAUCACAGACUAAGCUAAUAGAGCUGAAAUAUCAUAAAGGUCAUCUUUGAGAUUACAUUUGUGCUUGGAUGCUUCUGGAGCCUCUACACCCCGCCGAAUGUAAUACCCCAAAAUCUGCUUCUCUGCGAGGAAAAAAAAAAGAAAGUUAAAAAAAAAAAGUGAAACUGUGAUUUGCUAUAUGCAGUAUCUCUGUUUUUCAGUUCUGUGCUUCUCGUCUCAUGUGUUUUUGAAGGUUUCACCGCAGUAAAAAAAAAAAAAAAAGCAAAAAAAGCAAAGAGGAUUUUGGUUGUUUUGUGGAAAUUUGAAAACUAAGGUUAAAAGAGGUCGGUCGGAGGAGAACAAAACACUGUUUGGUUUCUGUUCUGAAAGAGAUGUUACAAUGUUAUUUUCAUGCCUAAAAAUGCUCUUCAACAUGUAAGAAACAUCUGUAUUGCAAAGCACACCAGGUAAUUAAAAGCUGGAAAUAUUCCAAUCGAUGCA